AUGAAAUUAGAAAUGAAACAACGCAAUAUGCCAACUACAGUGAACGACGUUUCGACUUCUUCCAGCUCGUUUCGUCGUCAUUCUUCUUUGCAAGAUCGCCACGACGAAAAGUCUUUAAAAACGGAUUUUUUAUAUCGCAUAAAAUACACGAAUGCCUUACCGGAUAUUCCUUUCGAUACAAAAUUUUUGGCUUGUCCUUUCGUAUCAUUAAAUAGAUUCGUUGAUUAUAAACCAUCAAGUCUUGAAAAAAACUUCAAAUUUGAAUUGUUGGCAGAAGCAGAUCUCGGUAUCGAAAUUGAUCUCAUUAAUCCUGAUACUUAUUACAUUGAUAAUGAUGCUGACAAAAAACAACAUCAUCCAACAGACUUGGAACUUCUUGAAGAUGAACAGGCCAAUCCUCAGAAUAUUCGGAGAUCACAACAGCAUAGUAAAAUGGUUCCAUGGAUGAGGAAAACAGAAUAUAUCAGUUCAGAAUUUACCCGUUUCGGUGUUGCAGUUGAAAGGCAAGAAACCAAGAUCGGAUAUAGUACCAGAAAGAAGCUUCAUAAUGAGAUUUUGUAUCGUGAUCGUGCAUCCCAAAUUGCAGCAAUCAACAAAACAUUUGACGAUGUCGCUAAUCAUGCAACUGAACAUCCGUCGAGAAAAGGUGUAACUGCAGUAGCGGAAUUUCCAUUGUUGCCUGAUUUCGAGAAUUGGUCGCAUCCAUUUGCUUUAGUCAUUUUUGAUGGCGAUCCUAUACCUAAGGAUGAAAAAACAAAUUCUCAAGAAUUGAUUGGUAUGAUGGACGAAGAAGGAGAACAAUUUUUUUGUGUUUUUUUAAAUGGUUUUGAACACGACAAUUACCUAUUUUCAUUUCGCGGUGGAGGAGUUUUCUAUAACGAACUUGAGACCAAAGUUUCUCUUACACGAAGGAAAGCUAAACGAUUCAGAGUAAGUUUCAUAUGGUUUCUAGAGUUGAUUUUGAAUGUUCAGUACGCGCGUUGUUAA